AUGCAGGAGCCGAGUUCCAGCUACGAGGGGCUGCACCACCACGGGGCGGAGAGUUCCCAGGCGGGGUACACCUUCUCGGAGCUGUUGCUGCUGAGCCGCUCGGCGGCCUCUGCGCAGCGGGCCGCCGCGCUGCAGGUCUUGGCGGAGAUCUUGCGGAGGAGCCGCGCGGCGGCGCCCCAGGGGGUGUUGAGCGCCGACGCAGCCAUCCGUCGCACCGGGUUUUGCCCGGAGGGCACGGAGGCCGCGCCUUGGCGUGCCGGCUUUGGGCUGGGCCUUCAGGUCUUCUUUUGGCAUGGCCUGGCGCGGGGCGACUUGCCGAAGCACCUGGCGGAAAGUUUGGCUGACAAAGCGCGGCCGGUGCAGCUAGCGGCACUCCGGGCCACGGCUGAGCUCCUGGACGGCGUCGGGGAGGAGGCCCGCGGCUUCAACCCCAACACGACUUUGGUGGAUGUGGCCAGAAGCGCUGUGUCCGGCAUGGGCCAGUGUUGCGACGGCUUCGGCGGCGCGUUCUCGUGUCACAUGAAGCUCUUCCACCUCGGCGAGCAGAGGUGGUGCCCGGCUCAGGCUCUUCUCAGCGGGCAGGGAUUCGAUCCCAGGGACUUCACCUGGAGUCAGUCCACCUACGGCAGCGCCA